AUGGUAAACAACAGUGAGACAGAGAUCCUUGCUCCUGGAGCAGGUCCUACAGCUCUGUCCUCGUACCGGCAGGAUUCCAAGCACGUUCGAGGGCAGCAGCUGUCAAAAGUAGAAACUGUUUUAGGAGUAAAGAGCAACAAUUUUCGCGCAGAUAAAGACCAACAACUCCAGAUCAAGAGCAGAGGAAAGACAUCAUCUUCAAGCUUCGAGGCGCCGGAUCAGGAAGAUGACCUCUUGGCUGUUGAGGAAGAGGCCAGCUGGUAUGUAAGUAUUUAGUUGUUUUGCUUAGGGGAUAGUUUUUGCGUCGCGGCGCCUUGAUCUUGAUACUGUAUUACUAACACUAGUAUCUUCAUACUUUUCAUGGGAUUCGGAUCAUCUUGCUGCAUAAGCAAGAUAUAUUAGCAUUUUGUAAUCGUGACGCGCGUCCUUAUGAUAUAUAAAAAUGCAUGAUGCAAAUGGUGCCUGGAAAUUCAAGAACAAGCUGUAUUAGUAUGUCGUAUCUAUUUUGUAUAUGAGCUGCUUGAUGGUUCUAGAGUUGCUUCGGAGUCUUACGCACAGCUAUUUCGUCAGGUUUUAUCCAAGUGAUCGGCAAGCAGCCAAGAAAGGAAAAGCGAUGAAAAAAGAAACGAAGAAGAAGCCUGCUUCUAUUUCGUCAAGGAAGCCAAAAUCUGCAGGAGCAUCUUCUUCGAAAGCGGGCGGCAAGCUUAUAAUCAAGGGCAACGUUAAAAAAGCGAGGGAGCAGACCAACAUCAAC